UGGAAAAAUAUGCUAUGCAAAAUGCCUUUCGAGGUUCAGGAUUAGCUGCGCGUUCUCCGGCAACUGAGGACAACAGGUAAUGAUUACCUCGAACCACGUCCUUGACCGAUGAAGGAUCUGCAAAAACUUCGAUGAUGUAUUCUGGCGGCUUGCGCUGCUCCAUUGCUGAUAGGUUGUCUAGCAUUUGCUACUGCAGGUGGGUGCUGUUGCGUGUUAUGUUGUUUGUGGUUUGCGGUAAGGAAGUGGAUGGGGGUGGAUGGAGGGGUAAGAAAGAGCGCAGCGCAUGUGGGCCGGAAGGGAGUGGCUUAUCGUGAUCUACCAUGAAUCGCGAACAAGGGAGCCCGAAGCUGUGGUUGAGAAGAGCCCAAGUAGUCUUCACAAAGCGGCAUGACGUGCAGCCAAAAGGGCAGCGCCGCUUUGGAUUCAACACCCAAUCUCCGGCCCGCCAAAUCUCCCGAUCAACCUCGGCCUCAUCAAGCCUCAUCAAGGUGGAGAGUUUCCCCUGGAAUCGCCAGCCACGCCUAUUUGAGAUUUACCCAAGAGGCUGCCAACACCUCAACCGGCAUGCCAUUGUUGUCAUAAGAAUCCUACACCAUGCUAUCUGCCUCCCGAAGAUGGCUCCGGCGGAAUAAGACGCCUUUCGCGGUGGGGAUUGGAGUUGUUGGGGCGGGUUACGUAGUAACCCAAUAUGUAUUGGGCAAGAUAUCAGAUGUGCGAGAACGUAUGAGCAGUGACCGCAUAGCUCGGGAGAAGUAUAUCAUUGCGAUUCCUGCAUAGAACAACUGCUUAUCAAGAGACCCUAGCCUUCGGCGACGGUUUGAACAAAACCAAGAGGAUUGCACCUUCACUGUCCUAGCCCUGCUCCCGACAGCCACCGAUAAUAUUCUUGCCGAAUUAGAGACAGAGAGGAUUACGUUUGAACUUCAACAACAGAAGGCUGCUAAACUUGCUCGCGGUGGUGAGCCUUAUCCAUCCGAAUUGGGCUCUGGUCCACCGAGUGUGACGGACGAUGAUGGCAGAAGUAUGAUAAGUUUACAGAGUGAAAGUGGAAUACAUGCGAGUCAGCUGGCUAUCCCUCCAGUCAGUGCUACUGGAGAUGGUACACAAGAUGGAGGAAAAGCCGUUCAGAAAUCUCGAAAGUCAAAAUUACAGCUCUGGAAUGAUCUCAAGAUCAGUGGUAAGUAAAUGCAAUACGAUAUAUCCCAUCUACGAGUGACCUGCGCUGACAAUUUGACAGCCAUCACUCGAUCCUUCACACUCAUAUAUACACUUGCUUUACUGACAUUACUCACUCGAAUCCAACUUAAUUUACUUGGUAGACGAAGCUAUCUCUCAAGUGUGGUGUCUCUCGCCACUGGUGGGAUGGAGCAGUCGACAAUUAGUCUAGAGAACAAUGACGAUGAUAAUCCCGAUCAAGCGUAUGGCAAUGAUUUCGAGACGAACAGGCAGUAUCUGACAUUCAGUUGGUGGCUGCUACAUCGGGGGUGGAGACAGGUCAUGCUAAAGGUCGAGGCGGCAGUGAAGGAUGUAUUUGGUGCUUUGAGUCCAAGGGAUGACGUUUCGAUGCAAAGAUUCUCCGAAUUGACUCUUGAAGUCCGAAAGAGGGUAGAAGGUGCUACGGAAGCUGAGCGACAAGCUGGUAGAUGGUUGGGAUACCUACUACCACCCAAAGAGGAGGAAGAUUUUGUGCUCAAAGAGUCUGGGAUGACCACAAGUUCGUCAUCCCCUCCAAGAGUUGCAGAAAGUGCUCCCCUACGACGAUUACUGGACGAGACAUCAGAUCUUAUUGAUUCCCCGCCUUUCUCUCAUGUCUUAACACUCCUUCUGGAUGCCGGUUUCUCAACACUGGUAGACCAAAAGAUUUCGCAGCAAGCAUUUAAAAUUCCACCUAUUCCUGAGGUUGGAGACCUUGAAGGUUCACGCAUUACAGAGAUUGUCGAUACAAAGCCGGUAAAGCUACCAAUUGUACUUGCAACUGUCACUAGACAAGCCCAUUCCAUUGGAAAUGGAGUACCGAACGAAUAUCUUCAGGCGAUGGAGCAAGUUAGAGAUCUUGAGGCCUUCGCAGCAGUCGUCUAUUCCAGCAACUGGGAAAGUGAGAUAAGUCCAAUGAAUGAUGAUGGAAGUAUCUCGCUCGUAGAGCCAACCCUUCCAGAAGCGAUUGCAGAAGCCAAAGAGGUGGAAAACACGAUUCCAGAAGGGAAUAUGAUUGUGGAAAAGACAGUAGAAGAGAUGCCCAUUGUAGAGAACGCUGCCGCAGAGGAGAUGACUAACCCAGACGAGAAGGAAGUCACAGGGGAAGAGAGCAUUUUGGAUGUUGGGUCAGCAAGUAAUUUUGAGAGCGCAUGGGGGAAAGCUACGGAGACUUCAGAGGCUGCUACUGAAACGCACGAGGCAUCAUGAGGGAUAUAUCAUAUUUCUCAGGAGUUGGUAGGGACUUUGGGGGAUAUCAUUGGUAAUAGGCAUGGACUGGGAAUGGAGUAUAGUCUUUCCCAGCCUGGAAAGGGGAUGUAACUUGUAGAAUACUAUGCAGCAUCAUUUUGAAAUCUGAUCUUGUGAGAUCUAUGCCUUGUUCUUUCUUGGGCGCUGGCCGACUAGAUCAAGGCACCAAUUAAGUCUGGAU